AUGCACCUGCUAGCGGGGCGGACCCCGGCAGCCCGCGCGCCUGCGGUGGGAUCCGUCCAGUCGGGGGCCAUCGCGCAGCCGCGCGUGCUGGCCCGGCCCGCCCGAGCAGGCCGGCCACGCACGGCUGCCCCCCGCCGCGGCGCUGCCCUGCGCGUCCGGGCGGCCACGGACUACUACGAGACGCUCGGGGUGUCGCGGGACGCCACGCAGAAGCAAAUCAAGACCGCCUACCGCCAGAAGGCGCGCAAGUUCCACCCCGACGUCAACAAGGAGCCCGGAGCGGAGGACAAGUUCAAGGAGAUCAGCAACGCGUACGAGGUGCUCUCCGACGACCAGAAGCGGCAGAUUUACGACAGGUUUGGAGAGGCUGGGCUCAAGGGCGGUGGGUUCGGCGGUGCGGGGGGCGCGUACGGCGGCGAUGGCGGGUUCAGCGAUCCGUUCGAUAUCUUCAACUCCUUCUUCGGCGGCAUGGGCGGCAUGGGGGGCUUCGGAGGCUCGGCAGGGAUGCGCAACCGGCCGGUGCCGGGCGAGGACGAGCGGGCGGACCUGUCGCUCGACUUUUUGGAAGCGGUGUUUGGGUGCCAGAAGGAGGUGUCGAUUUCGCACUUGAUCACGUGCGACACGUGCACGGGCAGCGGCGUGAAGGCGGGCACCUCCCCGACGACGUGCGGCACGUGCGGCGGCUCCGGGCAGGUCGUCAGUGCGGCCCGGACGCCCCUGGGGGUGUUCCAGCAGGUCACGUCGUGCCCGGACUGCGGCGGCACGGGCCAGCGGUCGACGCCGUGCUCGUCCUGCGCGGGCCAGGGCCGCGUCCGCGAGAACAAGACCAUCAACCUCCGCGUGCCCGCGGGCGUCGACAGCGGCUCGCGGCUGCGCGUGCGCGGCGAGGGCAACGCCGGCCGCCGCGGCGGCGAGAACGGCAACCUCUUCGUCUUCAUCAGCGUGCGCGACGACCCGGACCUGCGCCGCGACGGCCAGGACAUCCGCUCCGCGAUCGAGGUGCCCUACGCGGCGGCCAUCCUGGGGACCACGGUCAGCGUGCGCACCGUGGAUGGCAGCGUCGACCUGCGCGUGCCCGCGGGGACGCAGCCCGGCACGACGCUCCUCAUGAAGGGCCGCGGCGUCCCGGGCCUCGGCACCAGCGUGCGCGGCGACCACAUGGUCAAGGUCAAGGUGACCAUCCCCACCAAGCUCAGCUCCGAGGAGAAGCGCCUCGUGGAGAAGCUGCAGGAGCUGCAGGAGGCCAAGGCGCAGGAGAAGAAGGGCUUCCCGUUCUUCGGCGGCAAGAAGGACUGA